AUGAAGCGCUGCACUGCGUAUCUGCCGCGGAAAUCGUGCGCCUCUGGUCAACGAUGGACGUCCCAUAGCAGCGCCUCCCUGACGGACGAGGCGCUGCUGGCCAAGGUCGGCGCGCGGCUCAACGACGACGAAUACGGCACGAAAAUCACACUUGAUGCCAAGAGCAAGACGAUAUCUACCGACAGCGGAGAGCUUCCCAUGUCUCCCUUGUUUGAUCCUGCCUGGAUCAAGUCACGGAGGCGAGCCGCAAAAGAACCGCCCCGGCCAGCCACCGGCCAGUUCCAAAAGCACCUUCGAAAGAACCCAUACGCCCCCUCCAACGACGCAUACGGCCACAUACAACGGAACAAUGAAGUACGUUCAAACGGCGCGCCGCCUCCGGCCAGCGUGAGCAAAAACGGCUCGGGUGAACAGGAUGAAUUCACUCCUCGGCUGACUGGUUACGUCGCGUCCCAAAAAUCCCUUUUUGAUGCGCUCUCGGGGCCGGAUAAGCGGCUCCGCGGCGCGUUGCUGGCACGCCGCGCUGGCAUGGGCGUGAGCCCCCAAGCCAGCUCACCCGUGUGGCGGCACGAUAUGAGCGAGGUGGUGCUACGAGACAUGCGGCGCGAGGCGACGAGCGAGCUUGUGCAGAGAGCAGGCGCGGCCAAUCACAAGUUUGUGCAGCCCUGCGCGACAUGGGAGGAUAUCAAGGAUGUGGAGAGACGCGGCUGUGUCUUGUGGCUGCCGGAAGCAGAAGACAAGGCCACGACACAGCAGCAGCAGCACGCGACCUUUGACGUUGUCGGCGCCAAGUACGAUGGCAAGAUGCCAGUGCAUAAUUUGGCCUGGCUCCUAGGCGAGGACGAGGUUGGUCGACUUUGCAGCGAGUCAGACGUGUUCCGGGAUAACAAGCUGCUGGUACUCAAGAGCUGGCCGACAAAGACCAUGGUUCAGGUGCACUUGCUCUUGUGGAAGCUGCAGGGCUACUUGGAUACUCCGGCCACGUAA